AGUUCAAUGCAGAUGUUGAGACCUACGUGGUUCAGACCAACUACAAUGAGUACGUCAUAUGGGUCAUACUGAGCACAGAGCAGCCCUCUGGGAUCAAGACCACACUAGUCAAGCUGUACAGUCGAGCGAUGAAUGUGAGAGAGAGCGUGCUGACCAAAUAUAAGGCACUUGUCCGUACCCAGGGGAUGAGCGAGGACGUCAUUAUCUUCAAAGACAACAAAGGAGAGUGUGAUCAGAUCAAUGCUGCCAGACCUGUCUAAGAUGCAGUGGGUCUAAUGCCAAAUGGAGGAUAAAAUAAGUGCCAUUGUUUAUCUUUCUUGUCAGGUUUAUAAAAUGUGUGGAUUUGGCUCAUUGAACAAUAAAAAGUUUGUUCUAUUCUGAAUC